UGCUUGGUCUGCUGCUCCGUUUCAAGUUUCAACUCUCUCUCUCUCUCUCUCUCUCUCUCCAAUUAUUUUCUCAGCCCUUUUAAAUACUCAGCUCAGCAAAGUACAAAGCCCACCCUCCAGAUGCGUUCCUCUGUCUCUCUUUCUUCUGUCUAUCGGAAGCUUAUCCUCCCUCCGGUUCAUGAACUCAUGCUUAAUUAGUAGAGUUAUUGUAGAUUGGUGGUAUCUCCAAAAUUAAAUGAAUUUUGGGGCGGGGGGUUUGGAGGGUUUGAUGUGGCCUGAGGGGGGAGGGGGAGCUUCUUCCAAGGUCUCAAACCCUGAAACCAAGCCAAAGGGUCUUGGAUCUGGGUUGGUGAAGCAAAAGAAGUCUGGGCCUCCUGAAGAUGACUGGAAGAGUUCAAAAAUUGCCAAAAGUGAAAGUCUUUCGGCCUACAAGACAAUGCCGUUGCACCAGGCCACUCCUUUGCUGAGAUCUAAUGCUUUAUCCACUGCUGAUACUCGGCAGCAAGAGCAUAUGCUGAGCUUCUCUUCGGUUAAACCAGAGGUUCCCUUUCUCAGGAAGGAUGGUGGGCUAGUAGAGAAAAGCACCCACAACUCAGUUUUUCCUUAUUACCAUCGCACACCUUCUGCUUACACUAGAAAUGUUGGAUAUGGUUCUGGAAGCUUGAAUGCAAGCAUGCAUGUGACCUUUGCUGGGGUUAGAGGACCAUUUACUCCAUCUCAGUGGAUUGAACUAGAGCAUCAGGCCUUGAUCUACAAGUACAUCACUUCAAAUGUGCCUGUGCCAUCCAAUUUGCUCAUCCCUCUUAGGAGAUCCCUCUACCCUUAUGGCUUGUCCGGCUCAACUGCUGGAUCCUUGCCUCACAAUUCAUUGGAGUGGGGCUCUUUCCAUCUGGGUUUCUCCGGCAAUGCUGAUCCUGAGCCUGGGAGGUGUCGUCGAACAGAUGGAAAGAAAUGGCGGUGCUCCAGAGACGCUGUUGCUGACCAGAAGUACUGUGAAAGACACAUAAACAGGGGCCGCCAUCGUUCAAGAAAGCCUGUGGAAGUGAUACAGACUGGCCAUGCCGUCACUGGGACCACUAAUCCGAAAGUGAUACCGAUGACUUCUGUGUCAUCAUCGGUAAUUCCUAGUGGUGGUGCAUCCAACAGCCUCACCAUCACGCAGCACCAGUUCAAGAACUUGCAGCCUGGUGGUGCUGCCAAUCCUUCUGCAGAUGCCCUUGUUGGCAGAAUGCAAGACCCACGGGGCCACUCUAUGAUGUCUUCCACGACCAGCCUGAAAUCUAAUGAAUCUACUUUUACCAUUUCAAAACCAGAGAUCCCAUUAGAAGAAUUAUCUCAGUCCUUGUUUGGACUAGUUUCUACUGAUUCCCUCCAUAAUCCUUCACUUAGGGCCUCUAGCAUAAAUUCAAAAAACUAUUGUUCGUUUCUAGACUUCAAUGAUCAGGAAACCCAAGACCAAAAUCCACUUUGCCAAUUUAUUGAUGACUGGCCAAAGGACCAAUCGAAUCGCUCAGUCAUUUCUUGGCCUGAAGAACUCAGAUCAGACUGUACCCAGCUCUCCAUGUCAAUACCUAUGGCCUCGGACUUUUCAUCAUCCUCAUCCUCACCAACAGAAGAUAAACUUUCGGUUUCACCUCUAAGGUUAUCUCGUGCAUUUGAGCCAAUUCAAAUGAACUUGGGGAUGAGCACUGAGCUUAUUGAACCGACCCAGAAUCAAACUAACUGGAUGCCAAUCUCUUGGGGUACUUCAGUGGGGGGUCCUUUAGGUGAGGUCUUGACCAACACCACAAACUCUGUAAAAGCCUGCAAGAACUCAUCAGCUCUUAACCUCUUGAUUCAAGGGUGGGAUGGCAGCCCUCAGUUGGGUUCUUCCCCCACCGGUGUCUUGCAAAAGGCGCCUUUCAGUUCACUCUCAAAUAGCAGUUCAGGCAGCAGCCCAGGAGCUGAGAACAAAAGGAGCCGUGAGGGAGCUAGUCUCUUUGACGAUGUGCUUGGUUCAACUCUCGCAAGUUCCUCAAUUCCAUCCCUGUAAAUCAAGGACAGACCUGGGCUAAAACAGGAUUGAGAUGGAGUUAACUAGUGAAGGAGAAUCGAGAUGCAUGAAGUAACUGUUUUUCAGAUGAAUAUCUUCUGUUUUUUCUUUUUCUUUUUCUUGUGGACGGUUAUUUUAAAGUAGGGACUUGGCUGAUUCUAGUUUCAAUAGGUAGGUGUUGACGACUUUGGCUGUUGAGGACUUGCUGUCAACUAUAGUUUUUGUUUUUGUUUUUUGGUUUUUUGGUUUUGGGUUAUUAAAAGCAACCUGUGCUGUUUUAAUGUCAGAUAUAAUAUGAGCUAUUUGGAUUU